AUGAACGAGAACGAUGAGAAACAUAUUGCUGCUGAGAAUGUUAGAAACAGUCAUCUGUUUGAUAUUUACUUACUUGUUCAUUUCACUACGGCAAGUUUCUCUGCGGCGGCUGGAAUAUGGUUCGCAUGUGCGUUCGGUUAUUAUAGAAGACGCCUCAAAAAAGUUUGGGCUGCGAAGAGAGAAUAUCUAGAAUAUUUACGAGAACCGGAAGGAAAAGAAACAGCGACAGCUCAAACAGAAAGUGAAGAAAAAAAGAGACGUGAAUUACAGCAGAAAGUUGAGAAUGUAAAGUUAAUGAAAUUUCGAGGAGUUAAUUUGGAUGCCGAUUUAGCGACAGAGAUGUUGGAUAAAGAAGCGUAUGAUGCACAGACGGGAAUUUCUAAGAGAAUGGAGAUAAGAGCGGUUUCGCCAUAUGAUAUAGAUCAAUAUGCACAAAUUGAGGAUGAUAGGAGGUUGGCUGGAACAGUUAAACCAUUUCCUCUAUCGCCUGAGGGUGCAAGAGCUGAAGCAGGUCAUGUAGCAGCGUUACCUAUGCCCCAGAAAACACAAUUGAUAGAAGUCAGAGAUGAUAGACGUAGUAAAUUUAUCUUCCCAGCUCUGAGAUCAAAAAUACUACAAGCGACAGAUGCUCCGAGGAAACCUGAAUAA